AUGUGUGCUCGCUCUGCGCAGGUCUCGGAGGCUCCCCCGGCACAGGACUGUCAGGGAUCAGCUGUGCUCGGGAGGGCAAAGCUGAGCCAGGCCAUGUCCCUGGGGCCCCCUGUCCCAGGCCAGGCACGGAGUGGGGGCCCAGGGGCAGCAGUUGCUUUGCUCUCCCUCCUCCUCCUCCUCCUCCUCCUCCUGCUGCUAGCUGCUCUGUGGAUCUUGCAAGCAUCUGGCUGGGACCCAGGGGCUGGUGCAGGUCCUGCUUCAGGCCCCGCUGCAGCCCAUGGAGGCGUUGGGGAUGUGGCCAGGAGGCGGCGCUAUGCCAUCAAACCGCUGGGCCACAAGUGGGACCACGUUAACGUGACCUAUCGGAUCGCGCGCUUCCCCAGCACACUGAACAGGGGCGACACGGAGAGAGCCAUCGCCGCCGCCUUCCGCAUGUGGAGCGACGUCUCACCCCUCCGCUUCCGGCGCCUGCCCCCCGCACAGCCGGCCGACAUCACCAUCGGCUUCUACACCUUCAACCACACGGACUGCUGGUCCUCGCCGCUGCACCGCUGCUUCGAUGGGCUGAACGGGGAGCUGGCCCACGCCCUCCUGCCACCCCGUGGGGAGAUCCACUUCGACAACCAUGAGUUCUGGAUCCUGGGCCGCUCGCACUUCAGCUGGAAGCAAGGGGUCUGGAUGAACGACCUAGUCCAGGUGGCUGCUCACGAGAUUGGCCAUGCCCUGGGCCUGUGGCAUUCCCGAGACGUCCGUGCCCUCAUGCACCCAAAUGCCACCUACAGCCGGACGAGGCACAUCAGCCAGGACGACGUCCGGGCUGUGCAGCGACUGUACGGCUGCGUGGAUGAGAUGCAGCAGUGCGAGGCCUGGGCCCGCCUGCGGUUCUGCGCGCGCCGGACAGCCUUCAUGAAGAAGCACUGCCCCAAGAUCUGCAACUCCUGCUUCGAGGCCCCCGCUGCCGCCCCCACUCCCCCGGCCCGGCCUCCCCACGCCAGGUACCUCUCCAAAGGCAGAGUCAUCACCUUCCACUGUGGGCUGAACUCCUCCAGGCCGCACCUGCACGUCAGGUGGUACAAAGAUGGGGAGCUCCUUUCCCGCUCCGUGCCCGGCUUGGAGCUGCUGCCGCGCCAGGGGCUGCGCAUUCUUGCCACUGAGCUCAGCGAGGGGCGGUACACGUGCCUGGUCCACCGCACCGGCAAGAUCCUCCGUGCAAACUCCUGGCACAUCAAGCUCAAGGCCAGCACCCCUUCUCCAACCCGGCCCCAUGGGGACGUGCAAGGGAGCGCACAAGCCCAGUCCACAGAGCAAUGAGACGUGUGCAAUCCUAGCUGUGUGCCCCCCAGGCUCCUAGCAGGGGUCUCCCACUGCAAAGGGGCCUGUCCCACCUCCUCUUGCACUUGCACCAGGGCUGUCUGAAUGGCAGCGGACCCCAACCCCCUCAGGACUCCUCCUCCCCCGGGCCCUUCCCUGGUGCCAGCAGGAGUCAUGGUGCUUGCUAUUUCUGGCCCUGGGGCAGCAAUUUCCUGCCUGUCUGCAGGGAGAGGGUGGGAUGCUCCUCUCUCUUCACUCACAUGCACUAUCCAGGGGUCCCUUCUGCAGCAAGAAGCAGCGAGCUCUUUUGUGUCCCCUCUUCCCCUGCCCCUCAGCCCUCUGCUUCCACCCUAGAUCUUCCCUGCCGCAGCCCUGGCAAACCGGGCACUGAAUUAAAACCCAGAUGCAA